CACCACGAAAAAGGAAAGCAACUAUAGCUUUCACCAAUGGUGUGACGAAGGUUCUGUGAUGAGCUUUUUGAGAACCAAGGCGAGACUGUUCGCCGACUUCUUUCGCAGUAACCGUGAGUCAAAAUGCACCAAGUUCAUCGUGACUGGGUAUUCUGUUGGCUCAUCGGCAGGAGAAGGGGCUAAAACCGGUGGCACAAUCUUAUUGUACGAGCAAGGUAUACUUGCCCAAGAAGACUUCGAGCCACCAAGCCAGCCAGGGAAGCCUAAGUGUGACGUCAUGGAUCAUAAUUCUAUCGAUAUCUCAUGGUCUCCGCCACAAUACGGCCAGGACAGUGUGCAGAGGUACAUCGUCAAAUGGAAGAGGUUUGGGAAGAAGCAAGUUUUCUUGGAUGAAGUUCGCACAGAAAAGGGAGAUACAUGUUUCACACUUAAAAACCUGGAACCCAAUGAAUCCUUAGAAUUCCAGAUCACAGCAGUCUGUUCUGUAGGCGUCAGUCCAGACAGUGAGAGCAGUUACAGGGUGAGGACUCUACCGGCCAGCCCGCCAGGGAAGCCAGAAGCGCGUCCUGCUUCAGCAUCUAGCAUUGCUCUUGAGUGGGAACAUCCUGCUCAGUCAGGGAAAAAAGUCACCAUCAGAAGUUACGCCAUCAAGUAUGGGAAGGUUGUAAAUGGGACAGUGCCAAAUUGGCAACCAGAAGAAGAGACUGGAUCUUCGGAGGGAAGGUUCACCGUACGCAAGCUGGAAACCAACGUAUCCUACGUGUUUCAGGUGGUUGCCAUUUAUGAAUCUGGCGUGACUAGUCUCCCCAGUGCAAGCAGCGAUGUCUGCGCUACGUUUCCUGUCAGCCAGCCAGGCAAACCGGAGCUGGGCAAUGUUACGGCAUCAAGUGUCGACAUGAAGUGGAAAGGCCCUACCAAAAUAGGUCAAGGCGUGAAGCUAAAGGAAUAUUUCAUAGAAUACGCCCAGCUUAAAGAACAGAAGGGCCCGUCAGCAGAACGGACGUGGGAACAAGUGCUGACCAACGGUAUGGACGACGGCUAUAACCUGACGGAUCUACUGCCGAACACCACGUACAUAUGUCGUGUAGUACUGGUAUGUGAGAAUGACUACUUGACACCGAGUGAAACCAGUGUUCCAUUUACGACGCUUCCGGCUGGCCCUCCGACUGACGUGACAGUUGAACAGAUAUCGGCGACAGAUAUCGAAGUCACUUGGUCAAAGCCUACAGUGAUCAGCAAACAAAAAGUCAUAAAGCACUACCGGGUUAAAUACCAGAUUGUCGAUGGUACUGCUUCUGCUGAAAAGAUGGAAAUCAAGACCAACAACGACUCCUGCACUUCUACCAUCAGCGACGCAACUCCAGAAACCGAGUUCAAAAUCUGGGUGACUGCCGUCUGUGCUGAGAAGGACGAAUUGGGCGAGAGUAGCAAAGUUGUCUCAUUCACCACUAAAAAGCUUCUGAAGCAUGAAAUAAGAGUCAACGCCAAGAUGUUGCAACCCGGAUAUAAAAAGAACGGAAAACCGUGCAUCUUGAAAUUCCCACUUGAAGAAGUGUGCUGCAGACCCCACGGCCAAAGUUUUAGCUUCGGUGAGCCACCGAAAAUACAGGGUGUCGAACACAAAGUGAUCAUGGUGGUUGGUGUAACUGGCUCGGGCAAGAGCACCCUCAUCAAUGCGAUUGCCAACCACAUCUUGGACGUUGACCGGAAAGAUGACUUCCGCUUCAAGAUGGUCGAUGUGAACGAGGCGAGAGGGUCUUCUCAAGCUUACAGCCAGACUCAGGUCCUCACAUCUUACACUCUCUAUCGCCACAAUUAUCUCAGCCUGCCCUACACUCUGACUAUAAUCGACACUCCCGGCUUUGGGGACACGCGCGGCAUCGAACGAGACAAGGCGAUCAUGGACAAGAUCCGAGAGUUCUUCUUGGAUUCCGAGUCCCACGGUAUCGAUCACAUUGACGCCAUCGGGUUCGUCGUUCAGGCGUCCCAGGCUCGGUUGACCCAGACCCAGAAGUACGUGUUCGAUUCUAUUUUGUCUGUGUUUGGGAAGGAUAUAUCGGACAACAUUCGCCUUCUGGUGACGUUCGCAGAUCAGAGCGAACCGCCUGUUUUGGCUGCAGUCAAAGCGGCAGAAAUACCCUACACCGGUAACGCAUUCAAGUUCAACAACUCAGCACUGUUUUCGGUGAAUGCCAAGAAUGACAGUCGUUCCAAAAAGAAAGCAGGCAAGGAAGAAAAAGGUGAUGUGGUGGACUGGUUCUGGAAGAUGGGUAAGGAAAACAUGGCAGACUUUCUUCUCGAAAUCCAGACGCUGGAACCCCAAAGUCUUGUCCUGACGAAGGAAGUACUUGAAGAGAGAAAGCGUUUGGAGGUGACGGUACAGGGUCUCCAACCUCAGAUUAAUCUUGUAAUUUGCAAGCUGGAAGAGCUUCAGGCGGAACUUCAGCUUCUUCAGCAACAUGAGGCAGAGAUCGAGGCAAACAAAGACUUCAAAUUCGAACUGGAAGUUCCAAAGUCCAAGAUGGUUAAGAUAACCGGUGGAGAAUUCAUAACCAACUGCAGCAAGUGUCACUUCACCUGCCACUAUCCAUGUCGUAUUGCUGACGACACGAUGAAAGAUAAAUGUAAGGCAAUGAAAUAUGGAUUUUGUACUGCUUGUCCACAAAAAUGUGCAUGGGAUGUGCAUUUCAACCAGCCUUACAGGUUUGAGUUCUAUAGGGAGAAGGAACAGAGAACCUACGGAGAAAUAGAAGCAAGGUACAAAGAUGCAUCGGGAAAGAAGAUGACAGUAGAACAGGUGAUUAGAAAGCUGGUCGAAGAAGUAAAAACGGUCCGCACGUGUGUCUACGAAUUAGUGUCUGACACGCGUAAAAGUAUCAUGCGUCUAGAGGAGAUUGCGCUGAAACCAAACCCACUGAGCACUCCAGAGUAUGUGGACGUCCUGAUUGAAAGUGAGAAACGCAGUCACGUGCCAGGUUGGCAAACCAGAGUAAACGUAUUGCAGGAAUUAAGGAAAGAGGCCGAAAUCUUGGACAAGGUCAAGGAUGAAAAUUUCGACCCAUUCCAGAACUACAAGACAAUGUUCCAGCCUGCCGGAAAAGACAAGAAACCAAGUCUGAUUGCAAGGAUUUGGGCAUCAUUGAUGCCACAAUGA